ACGAACACAAAUUCGCACGGCGGCCGGUGGCGUCGCAUUUUAUGGCUAAUGCUAUUAAGUGCAUUGCAUCCACUGUUGCAGAGGCCAUAACUGCACUAUCAACAUGUCGCUGGUACUACCGGAAAAAUUUCAACACAUCCUUCGUGUCGUAAGCACGAACAUAGAUGGUAAUCGGAACAUCAUGUUUGCCAUGACGGCUAUCAAGGGGGUUGGUCGCCGCUACGCCAACAUCGUCUUGAAGAAGGCCGAUGUCGAUCUAAACAAGCGAGCUGGUGAACUGACCGACGAUGAAGUCGAAAAAGUUAUUACAAUUAUGGCGAAUCCUCGUCAAUACAAGAUUCCGGAUUGGUUCUUGAACAGGCAAAAAGAUAUUGUUGACGGAAAAUAUUCACAGCUUACAUCAUCUAACUUGGACAGCAAAUUACGUGAAGACUUGGAGAGAAUGAAGAAGAUCCGUGCCCAUAGAGGUCUUCGUCAUUACUGGGGUCUCCGUGUACGUGGUCAACACACCAAGACCACUGGCAGACGUGGUCGCACUGUUGGUGUAUCAAAGAAGAAGUAAUUUAAUCAAUAGAAUUUGUAAGAUUGGAAUAAAAAAUUUCUUUUUCAA